AUGAGUGCCAUCGUUCCUAUCCAACUCCCCGGCCAGCCCCCUACCAAUGACGGCCGUGGCGAAUUCCCGCUCCGACGGAUGCCCCAAGAGCUCAUCUUGGAAAUUCUGCGCCAGAUGGAAAACAACAACAUCUCUCUCGUCCCGAUCUCCAACACCUGCCAACUCAUGAGAUACCUGAGCAUUCCUACCAUCUUCCGAGUUGCCCAGAUAAGCUGCGCUGAAGACACCCUCGCCGACCAUGUGAUGAGGGUGUUUCGGAACAAAAGCAUCGUUCGUUCCGUACAAGUACUCAGCAUCUACACAGAAGGUCCGCCAACCUCACGAACCCCCGGCCGCUUUGUUCAGAUCCAAGGCCCCGUGGCUUCCUGCAGACCGUCAACUCCGACGGACCUCAUGUUCCUCAUGGGCGAAUUGCAUAAUCUUCAGGAACUCCGGUUAGACUUUCGAUUCAAGGCAACAGUGUCCCUCAUCAGGCCGUUGUCUCGGAUUAUCGAUUCACCUCAGUGGGAUCUCUCAAUGGUCACUGCUUUGUCUUUCCCCGUCACGACAGGCGUAGGCUUCAUCGUAACCGCCUUUCCGAAUCUCAGAGCUUUUAGCUUUGAGGCGCCUUUGAACAGACGACUGGACUCUAUCGAUGGUCUGAGCGACCUCGCAAACAUACUCGGACCUCAGCUUGCAUAUAUCCAGAUCUGCAAAAUGCGAUGGGACGCCAGUGACUUCCAAGAAGUCCAAGCAAUCUUUCCCCAUACAUCUCACGUGAGUAUGGGCGGAACCAUGGCCUUUGGAGGUUCCCCGGUACGGCCAAGAUGGGAUCUGCAGUUAGCAACUAGACACCUGACGCCUAUGGCCAACCUCAAGGUCCUUGCACUCAGUGAUGAGCGCUGCCUGGCUUCCUCACCUCUGGAUGCGAUCCUGCCGGUUCACUACCAGGCCUCGACGAUUUCCAAAAAGCUACUACCCGCCAUCGGUUUCCAUGAUGCUAGAUCCCGGAGGUACGACCAGGCGUGGAAAGUCUGGCAGAACCUUCCUAACUUGGAUGUCCUCUACAUCAUGGACCGGUCUUUUGAGGGACAUUGCUUUGUUCCCAUCAAAGACAAACAAGGACAUAUCAUCGACGUCAAAUUCACGGAUAACGUGGAGAAAUUGGCCUGGCCUACUGUCUGA